CCGGGAGAGGAGGUGCCGGCGGAUUGCGUGUUAAUACCUGAUGAUAUGGUGAGGAAAAUAAACGCGAAUCGGUCAAUUGGUGAAUCGUCUGCUGCUCUUUGUAAUCCCCCGGCGUCAUCAUCUUCUGCUGCAGCCCUUUUCCCAAGCAGAACAUCUCCUCCGAAGAGCAACAGUGGUGUUUGUGUCCAAACCGCGAGUCUCGAUGGAGAAACAAAUUUCAAACGGAAGAAGGUCAUGGGGAUAGGUGUCGCGUCGAGGAUGACCCCGCGUGCUUUUGUGGAUUGGCAGGGGCAGCAUCAGGAUUCUGCACCUUCUUGUGCGUCGUCAUCAGGUCGGCGAGCUCAACCUAUCACCGUCGAGCUGCAAGUACCGAGAGAACCAAAUGCAGAUCUGAACAGCUUCACGGGCACUUGUUCAACUAGAUACGGUACUGUGCCGAGCGGGGAGAGUGUCACUGUCCCGUUGACGAUCGACAAUUUACUUCUCCGUGGAACGACUCUUCGGCAGGAAGUCGCGACUUCGUCCGGCAAGCACAACGUGAGGAAGACGAGCGUUCAGAACAGAAGAACAACAACGAAUAAUUUGGCGCAAAACUACAGACGAACGGUUGCAGUGGGGUCUUUGCGUGGGAGGGCUACGGCUGCGGAUCCUUAUUCGAGAGCUGCUUCUCCCUCCUCUCCGUUUCGGUUGUCGCACACUGUUGCCACUGAUGCUUCUCAUGCACGGACGCAAGAGAUGCCAUUGUGCCCCUCGCCUGACGUUUGCACAUCACACGACCUGGACUCUCGACGUGCCUCCCCCAAUCUCGAUGAUUUGACCGAAUCCCAAGCGUUGAUUGCACACCAUAUUUCGGACAAAACCGCGAUAACUGUAAACGACGCCGAAACAAUUGUCCCAUCACACGAGGACUACGAUCCUCACAGAAGGACCAUCUCCGGCGGUCGAAGAACCUCCCCGAGUGGUAGAAAUGAAGACAGUAGAACCACACAAAAUUAUCACCAGCAGCG